AUGUGUUCCUUCCUGGGGGGGACGCAAGCUCUCCGGGCUUGCCCAUAACCAAAAUGGCGACGGCGGUUGCUUCCGGGCUCCCCGAGUAGGGCUUCAGGCACGGGGCUGCCCUGAGCUGGGGGGGCCGUGCGGAAGAUGGCGGCGGCUGACCGCUCCUCGAGCAUCGUUGAGUACUUCGGAGGAGAGGCCGGCUACCGCUGCGGCUACUGCAAGAACGUGACUGGCAACCUCUCCCAUGGUAUGUGGGCACAUUCGAUGACUGUUCAAGAUUACCAGGAUCUUAUAGACAGAGGAUGGCGAAGAAGUGGGAAGUAUGUCUACAAGCCCAUUAUGAAUCAGACAUGUUGUCCUCAGUAUACAAUAAGAUGUCGACCUUUACAUUUUCAACCUUCCAAAUCUCACAAGAAAGUUUUGAAGAAAAUGUUGAAAUUUCUCGCUAAAGGGGAUUCUCCCAAAGUGGCCGGUGAUGUUACAGAAGAACCUAUGGAUUCCCACAGAGAGGAUGCUGUUGCUUGCAGUUUUGUAUUAAAAAAUGAAUCUGACAUCAGUCAAUCUGAACUAAAACCUCUGAGUGUGGAGGAGACGGAGAGGGUGGAGACUGAAGAUAAUGCAGAGGAGGAAUUGAAAAAAGAAGUGGAGUCGGAGCCUCCCCAGACAUGUGCAGAUAAAAACAGUGCAAGAUCUAGUGAACGAUCAGAUUCAGCUAAACUUGUUCAUACAACACCCAAGCCAGGAAAAGGAGCUGAUUUGAGCAAGCCGCCCUGUCGAAAAGCUAAGGCCAUUCGGAAGGAAAGAAAAUUGCACAAGCUUCUUCAGAACCAGACACGCACACUUGAAGGGUCUCCAAGUCAAGUGGAGCCUCAGGUUUUACUCUCUCAAAACUCUAAAUCUAAAGCGAAUCAACCUAAGUCCAUUGAAGACUUCAUUUUUGUCUCCUUACCUGAUGAUGCCGCACAUCAGUUAGAGGUGAGGGUAGUGAGAUCAUCUCCACCAAAUUGCCAGUUCAAAGCCACAUUUCAGGAAUCUUACCAGGUCUAUAAACGUUACCAGAUGGCUAUUCACAAGGACCCACCUGAUAAACCAACCAUAAGUCAGUUCACAAGAUUCCUCUGCGAUUCUCCACUUGAGGCAGAGAAUCCUCCCAGUGGUCCUGAUUGUGGUUAUGGUUCUUUUCACCAGCAGUAUUGGCUAGAUGGGAAGAUAAUUGCUGUGGGUGUAAUUGAUGUUCUUCCAUACUGUGUGUCCUCUGUGUAUCUGUACUAUGAUCCUGACUAUACUUUCCUAUCUUUGGGAGUCUACUCUGCAUUAAGGGAAAUUGCUUUCACUAGGCAACUCCAUGAAAAAGCUUCUGAGCUGUGCUAUUACUAUAUGGGUUUCUAUAUUCAUUCGUGUCCUAAAAUGAGAUAUAAGGGUCAGUAUAGGCCAUCUGACUUAUUGUGUCCAGAGACAUAUGUCUGGGUACCCAUUGAGCAGUGUCUACCUACACUUGAGCACUCUAAGUAUUGUCGCUUCAACCAGGACUUAAAAGCAGUUGAUGAAGGUUGUAUUAAAGAACUGGGUCGAGUUCAAGUUCUUCACAAGAGAAUCAUAAUGCCUUACAGCGUGUAUAAGAAAAGACGGAAGGGGCCAAGUGAUGAAACCAACGUUCAGCAGUAUGCAAGUUUGGUGGGACAGACAUGUUCAGAAAGGAUGUUGUUGUUUAGAAGUUGAAGAGUUAUUAAAUGGCACUUCUACGCCACUGUAUUUUAUUGCACUGCUGUUGAAUGAUACAUAAUACAGUUCUGUAUGCCUACUAAAAUAGAGCAGUAAAAAAUAUAGGUAUCUGCAAUAGGCUAUUGUGAAUACAUGGUAGUAUACUUACAAGCAAAAUCUAUUAACACUUCAAAUGAUUUACAGCAAGGCUUCAGCAAUACGUAGAGUGUCUUAGUUAAACUUGCUUGCAGGAAUUUUUUAAAAUUAGGUACUUUUGGCCUUUCUUUGCAUUCUGAAUACCUUAAAGUACCCAAGUGAACUGAAUAACAAUUGUUUUUUUCUGUAGAGGCAACGGUUAACCAUAACUCUUCCCCAGAUGAACGAUACAUCUAUUAGAAAACCUCUCAUAUGGCUCCCUAGAAAUCUGUGAUAAAAAUUGUGGAAGUUGUAAUGAAAUGUGUAUAACUCUUAGGUUUGUAUAUGAACUAUUGCAAGAGACUUGAAGUGUGCAAUUACUUAAUAUAGAAUGCUGCACUAUUAUGUCAUACAAUUUAUUACCAUGUAAUGUAAAUAUAUGGAGGGGGCUCAUAAUUUCAUUGGAACCAUUUUGUUAUUUUUAAAUAAUGUUUAUUACAGUGACGGAGAUCACACUGAACUUGGAAAUUAGGUUCAUUUCUCCAUGAAAAGGGCAACAAGGUUUUGGAAAGCUUUCUUCCCCUUUAGAAAUAAAACUGCGAGUAGUUUCGUUAUAAAAUUACCCAAGAGAUACAGCUAAGUGGUACAGUGGGUAAAUAUACUAGCCUUAUACUUUCAUUGAAAACAGUUCAUAUCCAAAUGUGGAUCACAUGUGUAAAUGAAUUUGGUAGUUAGCUCAUGCUCAUGUGUACAUAUUACAAAACCAUGCUCAAAAAACAACCAGGCCUUGACGUGAGGUACCACUGCUAUUCCGCAUUGAGGUUCAUUUGAAGAAUUGUGUGGGGAAGCUUGCACAGCACCUGCCUGUUCUGUACGCCUUAUAGCUAGCAGUGUUAGCAUCCCUGGCUUUCGUUUACACUGCAGCCACUCAUCUGAUGACACGUUUAAUUUUUUUUUAAUAAAUAUUUGUACUAGUUAGAAAUUCAA